AUUCAGUGAGAAGGGACGUAUUACAGGAGCUUCACCGACGGAGCUGACAAGGGAUUUUCAAUAGAAAUAUCGGACCUUUGUCUCCCAAAUUUGGGAUUGAAUUUAAAUUUUGGAGUAGAAGAAGUCACCUGAAGGAACCAUGGGAAACAGAAAGACUAUCAUCCUGCAGAAACGGCAAGUCUUGGUUUUCUUUGUUUUGCUGGGAUUGUCUCGGGCGAGUGCUGAGUCUUUGCGCUAUUCUGUAGCAGAGGAAACAGAAAUUGGCUCUUUUGUGGCUAAUCUGGCAAGGGAUUUAGGGCUGGGGGUUGCGGAGCUGUCCUCCAGGGAGGCCAGGAUAGUGUCAGACGAUAAUAAAAAGCAUUUACUCCUUAAUUUGCUGACCGGAGAUGUGCUCCUGAGUGAGCGACUGGACCGUGAAGAGCUGUGUGGCUCCACCGAGCCCUGUGUGCUGCCCUUUCAGGUGGUACUGGAAGACCCUUUACAGUUCUAUCGAGCUGAGCUGCAUGUCAGAGACAUAAAUGAUCACGCCCCUACAUUCCUAGACAAGGAAAUAACUAUUAAAAUACCAGAAAGCGCUGCUAUCGGAGCCACAUUUUUAAUUGAGAAUGCACAAGAUCUGGACAUAGGAAGCAACAGUCUCCAGGACUACAGCAUUAGCCCCAGUUCUCAUUUCUAUGUUAAAAUUCAUGAGAGUGGUGAUGGAAAGAUAUAUCCAGAGCUGGUACUGGACAAAGCUUUAGAUCAUGAGGAAGAAUCUGAGCUUAGAUUGACACUUACAGCAUUGGAUGGCGGGUCUCCACCCAGGUCUGGGACAACAUUAGUUCUCAUAAAAGUCUUGGACAUCAACGAUAAUGCUCCUGAGUUUGCUCAGAAUUUCUAUGAGGUGCAGGUCCCAGAGGACACACCCAUUGGCUCCAGUAUUAUUACUAUCUCUGCUAAAGAUUUAGAUAUGGGAAAUUAUGGGAAAAUAUCAUAUUCAUUUUUGCAUGCAACAGAAGAUGUUAGAAAAACCUUUGAAAUCAACCCAACAUCUGGGGAAGUCAAUUUGAGAUCACUGCUGGAUUUUGAAGUAAUACAGUCCUAUUCUGUAACUAUCCAAGCAACAGAUGGUGGAGGUCUUUCAGCAAAAUGCACUCUUUCAGUUAAAGUAUUAGAUAUAAAUGACAAUGCACCAGAAGUGAUCAUAUCAUCGGUUACAAAGACAAUUCCAGAGAAUGCUUCAGAGACCCUGAUCACUCUGUUCAGUGUCCGAGAUCAAGACUCUGGAGACAAUGGAAGGAUCCUUUGCUCUAUUCCGGAUGACCUUCCAUUUAUUCUAAAGCCCACCUUCAAGAAUUUUUUCACUCUACUUUCUGAAAAAGCACUGGACAGAGAAAGUAGAGCUGAGUACAACAUCACCAUCACUGUCUCAGAUCUGGGCACACCCAGGCUCACAACCCAGCACACCAUAACAGUGCAGGUGUCUGACAUCAACGACAACGCCCCCGCCUUCACCCAAACCUCCUACACCAUGUUUGUCCACGAGAACAACAGCCCCGCCCUGCACAUAGGCACCAUCAGUGCCACAGACUCAGACUCAGGCUCCAAUGCCCACAUCACCUACUCGCUGAUGCCGCCUCGAGACCCACAGCUGGCCCUCGACUCCCUCAUCUCCAUCAAUGCUGACAACGGGCAGCUGUUCGCACUCAGGGCGCUGGACUAUGAGGUGCUGCAGGCCUUCGAGUUCCGCGUGGGUGCCACAGACAGAGGCUCACCCGCGCUCAGCAGCCAGGCUCUGGUGCGCGUGGUGGUGCUGGACGACAAUGACAAUGCGCCCUUCGUGCUCUACCCGCUGCAGAAUGCCUCAGCGCCCUACACAGAGCUGCUGCCCAGGGCGGCAGAGCCUGGAUACCUGGUUACCAAGGUGGUAGCUGUGGACCGCGACUCUGGCCAGAAUGCCUGGCUGUCAUUCCAGCUGCUCAAAGCCACGGAGCCGGGGCUGUUCAGCGUGUGGGCGCACAAUGGCGAGGUACGCACCUCCAGGCUGCUGAGCGAGCGCGAUGCACCCAAGCACAAACUGCUGCUGAUGGUCAAGGACAAUGGAGAUCCUCCGCGCUCUGCCAGUGUUAUGUUGCACGUGCUAGUGGUAGAUGGCUUCUCUCAGCCCUACCUGCCUCUGCCAGAGGUGGCGCACAAUCCUGCACACGACGAGGACACUCUAACACUGUACCUGGUCAUAGCCUUGGCAUCUGUGUCUUCUCUCUUCCUCUUGUCUGUGCUGCUGUUCGUGGGGGUGAGGCUGUGCAAGAAGGCCAGGGCAGCUUCUCUGGGUGGCUGCUCUGUGCCCGAGGGCCACUUUCCUGGCCACCUGGUGGACGUUACCGGCACUGGAACCCUGUCCCAGAACUACCAGUAUGAGGUGUGUUUGACAGGAAGUACUGGGACAAACGAGUUCAAAUUCCUGAAGCCAGUCAUGCCCAGUCUUCAACUCCAGGACCCCGAUUCUAAUAUGCUGGUAAAGGAGAACUUUCGGAAUAGCCUGGGUUUUAAUAUUCAAUAAAAAUUUCCUUUAAACUUUUAUUAUUUUCUUUCUAUUGACAAAUUGCAAAGGCUUGUUUUUUUUUUUCUUAAUCUGUAUUGGAUUUAAGGUCUUCCUGAUGUUGCAUUCAUUUUCAUAUCACGUGUUUUUCUCAGAGUUACUUUGAAAAUCUUUACUGGGAUAAGAGUGAUGCAAAGAAACACGUUUUGUUUUAUUUUGUUGAAGUGUUGUGUUAACCGGUCUGCUGUUUCUUAUAUAAGACCCAGCAAUGGAAAUGCUGGUUUAAGUAUUUAGAAUGGAUGUGUUGAGCUAGUGAUUGCUAUAAUACUUCGGGGAGUCCACAGCAAGCAGCCCUGAAUGGGAUCUACAGCAAAAGACAUGAAGGGAGGGAGGGAAGGAACUAAAAAGGGGCAAAUGUUACUAUAUAUGGAAUUUCCCAAUAUGCUAUUAAAACCCAACAAACAGAGAGUCUAAGGGUUGUUUUACCUGGUUAGAAACUGUAUUGGGAUCAUUUGCAGUAUUCUCUGUCAGAUUAUUUCAGCAGAAAAAAUAAUGUUCUUUAAAUGCUGCCCUUCCAAAUCCAGUAGUAGAGGUCUUUGUUUCACAGUGUUUUCAAGAAUUGCUUUCUUAGAUCUCUGAUUUCUAAUGAAGCUUUCUAAUUAUCAAAAUACUCUAUGUUUUGAUGUUGUUGUUUUGUUGUCUUUAAAUACACAUUUUCUUGGUUAAAAUUUGUGGUACUCUAUACCACUCAUUACUAAAGCAGAUAAUAGUUCAUAAUCAUAAUCUUAUUUAUCUUAUAAAUAAUCUUAUAUCAGAAAAGAACAGGAUAAAAUCUUCCUAGGAAAUAAAAUAAAGAUUUUAAAAAUUUGUUUAUUUA